GGCUGCAGGAGCUGGAAGCUGGGAACUUCCCCACCGCCCUCUCUCUCCUUCAGGAGGCUGCAGGAGGAUUCUGCUCCAAGAGGGUCCUGGCCCAGAUCUACACCUGCCUCAGCUGCUGCGCUCAGCGAAUGGGCAAGCCUCAGACAGCCCUUCAGCACCUGAAACGGGCCCUCCAGGUGGACUUCCAGUGCCUUCCUGCCCUGUCCCAUGUGGCAGCAGUGUACCAUGAGCUGGGGGAGACCGAUGCAGAGCUGCAAGCCCUGGCUCUGCUCUACGAGGCUCUGGAAAAAAACCCUCCAGCAGCUUCUUCCUCUAGUCCACAUUUCCUAAUGCGAACAGAGCUCCUUGUCCACACACCAUUACUGGCUUCUCUCCUUCGCCAUCGCCAGCCCUCUGAAGUGAAAUACCUGCUGGCACAGCGGUGUCUCCAGGACGGGAGGGUGGCUGAUGCAGUGGAACAUUACCUGGAUUUUCUAGCUCUGCUUCAGGAGGGUCUGCAGCAGCAGGUGCCCCUGGAUGGUAGCUCAGCUCUGCCCAGGAUCCCUGAGGUGUUCCUGGAAGCAGCAUCUGCCUUGGAGCAGGCUGGGAGGCACCAGGACGCCAUCACCCUGUGCGAGGAGGUCAUCAGCCGAACGACUGACCUGAUCCCACGGAUGCUACGAGUGGAGGAGAGGCUGGAGCAGCCAGAGUGUCCCUCACCAGGGGCAGGGCUGGUGGGUGGACUCCUGUCCCAGAAGAAGGAGAGUCUGUGCUGCCUUGCCUGGAGAGCAGCUGGAUACCUGCAUCAGGGCUGGGCAUGGGCCGCGCUGGGCGAGAGCAAGGAGGCCAUAACGCACUUCAGCAGGUGCCUUGGUGAUCUCUUGCGAGUCCAGCUCUGUGGGUCUGGCAUUGAACCAACAGAGAAUCUCCUGCCAGAAUUUGAGGUGCUCCAGAAGAUCAGGUUGCUCUCCCUCAUCGGGCGAGGUACACAGUUCCUGGAGCUGGGGAGGCACAAGGAAGCCUUGUUGGAUUUCCAGCACGGUUUGCAGAUCUCGCCAGGUGACCCAGCUGCCACUUCCUACCUGGUGCAGGCCUUGUGGAAACUGAACCGAAAGCAGGAGGCAGCAGCUUGCUGGCAAAAGCUCUCCCAGAGCCCUCCUGAGGAGGAGGGAAGGCCCUUCCCUUUGUACCUGGUUUCGUGUCUGGAACAGGCGAUGUUCCCACACGGUGACUCUCUUGCCAGAAGCAUACAGGAUUACCUCAGGGCCUCAAACCAGGACCUUUCCAGCUAA